AUCGUUUGUUGGUCUUUGAGACCCGGGUUUGUCGUAAAAGGCAUCGGCUACUCUCUCUCUCUCUGCGCGUGGGCGUGCGGAAAACGGGAAAACCCGCCGGAAAAGUUACUCGAGUUAAUCGGAGGACGGAUUGGGCGGAGCUCCGCUGGAGUUCAAAUGGCUCGUUAUAGGGCGGGCUUGCUCCUCCUCGCCGUCGUGCUCUCCCUGGUCUUCGCCUCCUUUGGAGCGAAGAGCUAUUACGAGGUGCUGCAGGUUCCGAAGGGUGCCUCCGAUGAGCAGAUCAAGAGGGCGUACCGGAAGCUCGCGCUCAAGUACCACCCUGACAAGAACCAAGGGAACGAAGAGGCCAAUAAGAGAUUUGCCGAGAUCAAUAAUGCAUAUGAGGUGCUUACUGAUUCGGAGAAGAGGGGUAUCUAUGACCGAUACGGGGAGGAGGGCCUCAGGCAGCACGCCGCUGGUGGUGGAAGGGGUCCCGGGAUGAACAUUCAGGACAUCUUCAGCAGGUAUCGAUCUGUUUUCUUUCGAUUGGUGCAUAAUUGUGCGACUGGUUGCCUUCUGAUCAACGGAUUGAUUCACAUCUGUUAAUUUCCUGGCCCUUUU